CCGGGCCGGGGGGGCUCGCGGGGGUCCGUAGGGUCGGGGGUCGCCCCGGGGUCCGGCCAUGGCCUCGGUGCCCGUGUACUGCCUGUGCCGCCUGCCCUACGACGUGACCCGCUUCAUGAUCGAGUGCGACGGCUGCCAGGACUGGUUCCAUGGCAGCUGCGUGGGGGUGGAGGAGGAGGCGGCGGCCGAGAUCGACCUGUACCACUGCCCCCAGUGCGCCGUGCUCAGGGGGCCUUCAGUCAUGAAGCGGCGCCGUGGCCCCGCCAAGGCCCCGGAGCAGGACCCCGGCCGCCCGGCGCGCACGGGCAGCGCCCAGUUCAUCCGCGAGCUGCGGGGCCGCACCUUCCCCAGUGCGGACGAGGUGCUGCUGCGGCCGAGCGGGGCCCAGCUGACCGUGGAGUACCUGGAGGAGAACAGCUUCAGCGUGCCCAUCCUGGUGUCCAGGCACGAGGGGCUGGGCAUGACCCUGCCCCCCCCCAGCUUCACCCCCCGCGACGUCCUGCACCACGUCGGAGCUGACAAGGUUGUCUCUGUGCUGGACGUGGGCCGCCAGGCCGAGCUGCGGAUGCGCCUCGGGGAUUUCGUGUCGUACCUGGGGGGGCCCCGGCGCGAGCGCGUGCUCAGCGUCACCGGCCUCGAGUUCUCGGACACGCGGCUGUCGAACCUGGUGCAGACCCCGCGCAUCGUGCGCAAGCUCUCGUGGGUGGAGAACCUGUGGCCGGGGGAGUCGGCGCGGGAGCGGCCGAGCGUGCAGAAAUUCUGUCUGCUGGGGGCCAGGGACAGCUACAGCGACUUCCACAUCGACUGUGGGGGCACCUCGGCCUGGCACCACGUGCUCAGGGGCGAGCAGAUCUUUUACCUGGCGCGUCCCUCAGCCGCCAACCUGGCUCUGUUCGAGGCCUGGAGCAGCUCCCGGAACCAGCCCGAGCUUUUCUUCGGGGACCAGGUGGAUCGGUGCUUCCGGUGCCACCUGCGCCAGGGCCAGACCCUCUUCAUCCCCACAGGCUGGAUCCACGCCGUGCUCACCCCCGUGGACUCUCUGGCCUUUGGGGGGCAUUUCCUGCACAGCCUCAACAUCGGCAUGCAGCUCAGGGCGUACGAGCUGCAGCGCCGCCUCAACACCCCCGACCUGGCCAAGUUCCCCAACUUUGAGACCAUCUGCUGGUACGUGGGGAGGCACCUGCUCGACACCUUCCGAGGGCUGCGGGAGAACCGGCGGCACCCCGCGGCGUACCUGGUGCUGGGGGCGCGCGCCCUGACCGGGGCCUUCCGGGCCUGGACACGGAGAGAGGUCCUGGCCGAGCACGAGCAGGAGAUCCCCGAGACCGUGCGGCCGGGACAGCUGGUGAAGGAACUGGGCAGGGAGAUCCGGCUGGCUGAGGAGCUGUUCCAGCAGAGCACGGGGAUGUCGGGGACCCCCUUUGGGCCCCCCUGGGGGGUCCCGGCCCCCAAGAAGGGGGGGCCCCUUUAUCCCUCGCUGGAGUCGGACGAGGACGACCCCGCCCUGAAAUCGCUCCCCAAAAAGAAGAAGGUGACGGACGACGCCCCCUGGAGCCCCAAAGCCCGGGUGACGCCGUCGCUGCCCCGUCAGAGCCGCCCGGUGCGGGAGGGGACGCGCGUGGCCUCGGUGGAGACCGGGCUGGCAGCGGCGGCCGCAAAACUGGCCCAGCAGGAGCACCGAAAGCUGCAGCGCAGGAAGGGCCCGGCCAAGCGCCGCCCCCCCUCCCCCCCCUCCCCCGAGGAGGAAGAGGAGGAGGAAGAAGAAGAAGAAGAAGAAGAGGAGGAAGAAGAAGAGGAAGAGCCUGAAGCUGAUGGGGGAGGAGACCCUGAGCCCGAAGCAGAGCUGGGGGGGGGGGAAGGGGAGGUGGAGCCCCCCCAGGAGCCCCCCCAGGACCCCCCGUACCCCCCCAGCCUGGCUGACCACGAGUACACAGCACGGCCUGGGGGGCCUGGACCCCCCCCCGGGGCUCAGCCAGGCCGAGCCCCCACCCCCAUGGCCCCGGGGGUGUUCCUGAGCCAGCGCAGGGGCAACCCCAGCACGGGACCCCCCACUCACGGGAAGCGCCCCCGGAAGGGUUUGGCCACGGCCAAGCAGCGCCUGGGCCGGAUCCUCAAAAUUCACCGCAACGGGAAACUGCUGCUCUGAGGGCGGGGCCCGGCCACACCCUCCGAGGCCCCGCCCCCCGCGGCCACACCCUCCGAGGCCCCGCCCCCCGCGGCCUCAACAAUGAACUACGGGCGUGGAAAUGGGCGGGGCCUGAUGGGGCCACGCCCACCAGAACAAAGCUGUGCCCACACACAAGGGCGUGGCUUUGGUUUAGGCCACGCCCAUCCAGAUGUGACCACGCCCAUCCCACAGACCCCACACCUCAUCACAAGCCACGCCCAUUUGGCCAUGUAGGGUUAAAAAGGGGUGUGGUUACAACGAACGGUGCCCGUAUAGCGAUAAACCACGCCCCUAAAGUGGGUGGAGCUGCGUCAUGGCCACGCCCACCACCGUUCUCACCUUCCCAUUGGCUGUGGGUGAGCUGGGGGCGGGGCUGUCUCGUUUCCCGCCUCCAGGAGCUCAGGCGAUUGGACAAGCCCCGCCCCCCAGCUGCGGGAGGGGCGGAGCCAUUUUUGAUUGGUCCUUGCUGGGUUUUUUUUUUGCCCCUCCCCCAAGUGUCUUCAGGUUGAUUGAUGGGGCGGGGCCGCUUCCCAUUGGUUGCCCCCGUUUUGUAGGCGUGUCCGGAGGCUGCGGCCCCGCCCCCCUCCUUUUGUAUUUGUAGAAUAAAGAAGGAAAAAAAAAAAAAUUAAAAAAAA